CACGGCCAGUCAAUGGAGUCAAACGGUCAGAGGAAACGAGGCCAUAGCAGAUUUAAAGUGUAUUUUCUCUUUAAAUAACCACCGGGAGGAGAUAAAUGCUAUUUUGAUAAUCAUGGCCGUCGGGGCGUAGUUUUACUCCAAAUACGUGGCACGUCUGCAGCCGACGUGUCGCCCCACAACAAUGGCGGAACCUGGUCCGGUGGUCGCACAGCAGAAUUUGGACAGGAGCUGCUGGGUGUGCUUCGCCACAGAUGAGGACGACCGCACGGCGGAGUGGGUGCGGCCGUGCCGGUGCCGGGGCUCAACAAAGUGGGUCCACCAGGCCUGCCUGCAGCGCUGGGUGGACGAGAAGCAGCGAGGCAACAGCACGGCGAGGGUCGCCUGUCCGCAGUGCAACGCAGAAUACCUCAUCGUCUUCCCAAAACUAGGUCCGAUCGUUUAUGUUCUGGAUCUGGCCGACCGGCUCAUCUCCAAAGCCGGCCCCUUCGCUGCAGCCGGUAUCAUGGUGGGCUCCAUCUACUGGACCGCCGUCACGUACGGCGCCGUCACCGUCAUGCAGGUGGUGGGCCACAAGGAGGGCCUGGACGUGAUGGAGCGGGCCGACCCGCUCUUCCUGCUCAUCGGCCUGCCCACCAUCCCCGUCAUGCUGAUCCUGGGGAAGAUGAUCCGCUGGGAGGACUACGUCCUGCGGCUGUGGAGGAAGUACUCCAACAAGCUGCAGAUCUUCAACAGCAUCUUCCCAGGCAUCGGCUGUCCGGUGCCGCGGAUCCCGGCCGAGGCCAGCCCUCUGGCCGACCACGUCUCCGCCACGCGGAUCCUGUGCGGCGCUCUGGUUUUCCCCACCAUCGCCACCAUCGUGGGGAAACUCAUGUUCAGCAGCGUCAACUCCAACCUGCAGAGGACCAUCCUGGGCGGCAUCGCCUUCGUGGCCAUCAAAGGGGUGUUCAAGGUCUACUUCAAGCAGCAGCAAUACCUGCGCCAAGCCCACCGCAAGAUCCUCAACUUCCCAGAGCCGGAAGAGGCUUGAGGUGGCGCUCUGCUGUCGGUGAGGAUGAACCCCGCCCAACACUCAGCUUCACCCUUACUGCAACAAGCCCCGCCCCCUCCCAGCAGUUGCUACGGAGACCGACUGUGUCGCCGCUUCCCGCCCCGGGAGCGACGGCACGGGAAGCGAACUGGAGCCUGCUUGCAGUCAGUGUGUGGCUACGCUAACACCACACGGCUAACACACCCACUGCUAUCUGAAAUAAAGACGCAGGGCAUGCGUGAAGAAGAA